CUUGGAGACUAUUGGUAAUGGCACUGUCGAGCCGAGCCCGCGUUCCGUUGUUCGUGACUUGCUUUGCGCUCUUUGUCGUCGCUCAAGUGUACAUCGUGACGCGGCUGGGUGUCGAGCCGAAAUGGGAUCUCGCAUCUUCAGCAGGCGAAGUCAGCACACAUCGCUUCCGCGACCACCACGUUGACGAGACACCAGUGGCGACCCAAGUCGACUCGACCGACGCUGCCGACAGCAACAUCCUCAUAGCAGAGCACAAUCCACGCCCGACCGAUGGCGUAUUCAAGGACGAUGUCUCGACGAUGCAUUCGACCGCCCCAUUCCACCAUGACGACUGGAUGGAGCUGCACGAGGCCGAUCCUCCAAACACCCCCACGACGCAGCCCACUCCACGUCGAAAGACUUCCCCUUCAUCCGCUGUGCGUUCCGUGGCUUUUGUUCCACGCCCCGACGUCGGCAUCGACGGCAAGCACAAACAGCGCAUGCAUGCCAUCCGCGGCGCCAUGCAACACGCCUGGACUGGAUACGAAACCCACGCGUUCGGCGCUGACGAAGUCGGCCCCGUGUCCGGAAGCCGCAAGCAGGAUGUGUGGGGGGACUUGGGCGUCACCCUCGUCGACGCGUUGGACACGCUCUACAUCUUUGGCAUGACGGACGAAUUCCAGCGAGCCCGCGACUGGGUCGCCACGGGCCUCGAUUUCACCCACUUGGGCAAAGACGGAGACAAGAUCAGCGUGUUUGAGAUCACGAUUCGAGAGCUGGGCGGGCUGCUGAGCGCGUACGACCUGUCGGAAGAUCCCGUCUUCAAGGCGCGCGCCGUCGAGCUGGCCGACUUGUUGCUACCCGCGUUCGCCGACGGUGUGUUUUACACGCAAUACAACGCGUACACGCAGGCCAAGUCCAUGAACGGAUGGACGGGAUACCGGGGGCUGCUGGCCGACAUAGGGACGCUGCAGCUCGAGCUUCGGCGGGUCUCCGACAUCACGGGCAACCACACGUACGCCGAAAAGGGCGAUGCGUUCUACGAGAUCGUCCAGCGCGAAGGGUCGUACGAGAACACGGGGCUCUUUCCCGUGCAUUUUGACGUGGGGGCUGGCAAGUUUGCCACGUCCAACACGGUCAUCACGAUCGGGGCACUCGGCGACUCGUUCUACGAGUACUUGCUCAAGGUGUGGCUGUACAGCGGCCGGCGCGAAUCGGAUCAGUACUUGCGGGAUCUCUACAACGACGCCGUCCGCGGCAUCGAGACAAACCUCCUUCGCUACUCUGAGCCGGACGACGCAUACUAUUUGCAGGAACUCAUGAUUCCAGGAAUGAGAGGCCUACCAAAGCAAGACCACUUGCUGUGCUUCGUGCCAGGGAUGCUGGCACUUGGUACGCUGAGCGACGAAGACCCCGCUCGCGUGAUCCAGCACCUGGACCUGGCCAAGAAGCUCAUGAAGACUUGCUACACCAUGUACAGCCGACAGCCCACGGGACUAGCCCCAGACAUCGUGCACUUUCCUGGCUACACCAUGUCGGACUCGCGCUAUCGCCUGCGACCCGAGACGGUCGAGAGUCUCAUGUACUUGUACCGCGUGACGAAGGAUCCGAUCUACCAAGACUGGGGGUGGGAGAUCUUCAAAGCGAUUGAAACCCAUGCCAAGUCCAUGUUCGGGUACGGCACGGUCUUUAACGUGAACCACGCAGCGUCUGUCCGCAUCGACGAUAAAAUGGAGAGCUUCUUCCUCGCCGAGACGCUCAAGUACCACUACCUUCUCCAGUCGUCGCCGUCGUUCGUUCCGCUGGACGAGUUUGUCUUCAACACGGAGGCGCAUCCGUUCCUUAUCCAAUCCAGAUAAGCUCUACUACGGAAACCUUGUCGCAUUAUCCUGCAAAGCAUCCCGGCUUGGGACAUCCAUGAAUGACGAGAUCUCUUUCGAAGGCGAGUCACGUCGACCGUACUUCGCCAAUUGCGAGGCACAGGACGGCGGUCCCGACGACGUUGUCGACGAGAUUGCUAGGUUUGUGCACCAGGGCUUCGACAUGCCAUUGCGCACAAGGCCGUCAGGUAUCGAGAAUGUCCUGUCCACGGAGCCCGGCGCAGUCGACGGAGAAGAGUCUGUUGAGAAAGGUGUGUGCGCGGUUCGAGAUGCCACCGUUGCGUCGAUGGACACGGCGAGUGCAAAGAGCAGUGGCAGAAGCGCUUCAAGCCAAUUCACAUGCUCACAGCUCCAGGCAAGUCAACUACAUUCAAUAGCACAUUCAAAGUUGGUUUCCCUUGGCGACCAGUCCCGACUUCAAGUGCACCGACACUGAAAUGGCCUUGAACGUCUCGAGCAGGUCAAUGUCAGAGAUCGCAUGAUGGAACGCGCCCUUGAGGCGAACCGCGAGCUUCUCCAGACAGACAAAGUUCAUGCUUCCAAACCCGACCAAGUACGACAUGAGGCCAUGGCGCUCAAAUGUGUGGGCAACGUGGUCGGCUAAGUAGACCCCGCUG